CGCGGGCUCAAACAUGAGUGCAGCUGGAGCUGGGCCAGCGGCACCUGUGUCAAAGCCGGGCAAGUGCGAAGGCAUACUGUGGCCACUUAAGGUUAGGCAUAUUGUACGGCACGAGUGGAGACUGCACACGGGUAGCGGAGAGGUGCUGUUGACGACGACUCUCGUCGACAAGAAGAACCCCAACAGGUCUUCGAACAAGCACCAGGUCUAUGUUGAGAAUACCGAAGCAAGUGUAACCUCAAACGCCUUAGAGAUGGCUCACAUCGUUCUCAAGAACAAGCGUGAAAAGUUGGAGAAGGCUCAAGGGCAUUCGGGGGGCAGCAGCAGCGGUGGUGGCCCUAGCUAGGAGGAAUGCCGACAGAGAGGUAGCAGACCCCGUCAUGGCAGCUUUGCGAGGAGGUGGCAGGACCUGAUCCAGGGUGGUGAC